AUGCCACUAAAAACACGGAAACUUGCAGUUGUUGGUGCUCGCUCGGUUGGGAAAUCAUCGCUAAUUGUACGGUUUGUUGAAGACCAUUUUCUUGAUAGUUAUUACCCAACGCUCGAAAACCAAUUUGGCAAAAAUAUUAAUAUCCAAAACCAAGAUUACGCAAUCGAGAUUCUCGAUACUGCAGGUCAGGACGAGAAUAGCAUACUAAACGAAAAGCACAUUGUUGGUGUCCAUGGAUACGUGUUGGUGUUUUCAAUUACAUCUAGACAAUCGUUUGAGACAAUUCAACAUGUUUGUAAUAAAAUACUAAAUUCAAUAGGGAGUGAUGAUAUUCCCAUGAUAUUUGUGGGAAAUAAGUGCGAUUUAGAAUACCAGAGACAAGUUGACAAACAAGAAGGAGAAAAACUAGCUGAGAGAUACAAAUGUAAAUACAUGGAAAUCUCAGCAAAGGAUAACUUGAAUAUCAAUCAAACAUUUGAAUCUCUAAUAACCGAUAUCGAAAUGAUGCAUAAUCCCCAGGUAAUAGCAAAAGGCAAAUACGAACGAUGUAUAAUUGUAUAA